AUGGAGAUGGCGGGUGGUGCGGUGUGUACGACAUCGACAUCGACGAUGAUGACAGUCCAACGGCCAAAACCGAAUUUGCCGUCGUUUGAAGAAAUAAGACGUGCCGUACCGUCAUCAUGUUUCGAAAGGUCGCUGUUCAAAUCGUUGUUUUAUCUUGUAUUGGAUUUCAUAAUAUUGUACGGUUUGUACAGAUUUGUUGGUGUGUUCGAAUCAUUUGGAAUUUUUGGGCUAUUUGUAUGGUAUUGCUGCAUGGGAAUGUUCGGGUCGUCACUGUUUGUGGUUGGUCAUGAUUGUGGUCAUGGUACCUUUUCUAAAUAUACUUGGGUCAACGAUCUUUUUGGACAUAUCGCUCACGCUCCACUUUUGGCACCGUAUUGGCCCUGGCAGAAGUCACACAGGCGACAUCAUCAGUACACUUCUCAUAUUGACAAUGACAUGGGACAUCCCUGGGUGGUCGAGAAAGAUUUCAUGACACGUGGUUGGAUAGUGCGCAAUUUUUCAAAGAUCCCACUUUCCGGUUUUGUUCGAUGGAGUCCGAUUUAUACGAUGGUCGGUCUACCAGACGGUAGCCACUUUUGGCCUUAUAGUAAACUUUUUAACACCAAUCGUGAACGAGUAGAAUGUGUUAUUAGUGGUUUAGCGUGUUUAUUUUGUGCUGUGGUAGCUUUUAUUAUAUGUAAUGAUAGCUGGUUCACAUUCAUCAAAUAUUAUUACAUUCCGCUGUUGUUUCAAGGUUACUGGCUCGUUAUCAUAACGUAUUUGCAACACAAUGACUAUAGUAUAGAGGUUUACGAAGAAGGCUACUGGAGUUAUGUGAUGGGGCAAGUACAAACCAUCGAUCGAGUGUACGGUUUUGGUAUUGAUACACUACUGCAUCAUAUUACUGAUGGGCACGUGGCCCAUCAUUUCUUCUUCACAAAAAUUCCUCAUUACCAUUUGAUGGAAGCAACAACGGCAAUUAAAAAAGUUCUAGAGCCUUAUAAGGCAUAUCGAAGUAAAAGCAACGCCGAUUUUUUGUUGGAUUAUUUGACGCUGAAUAUAAAACUAGAAUAUCUUAUUGGCCGAGGACAGUGUGACACGAAGUUAGUAGAAAAUAGUUUAGACAAUAGCGGAGACGAUGAUAUUAACUCCUCCGUGAUUUGGCGUAGCGUUAUCGGUGAUAUUUGUCAGUUAUCAUCCCUUCCACGACCAACAACUGAUUCAAGCAAAUACGUCGAAUGUGUAUUUCAAGCUGAAAAUGCUGGAAAUCGUAGUGAUCUUGGUAUUUGGGUAUCAAAGGACUGCCCGAUUGGAUAUCAAUUUGUAGCGCCAGCUCGAAAAUGUAAAAUUAAUGACUUCAUCAAAGCUCGCCAACAAUUGUGCGAUGGACCUAAUGCUAAAAAAUACAAAUUCUGCCCUCAACUGAGAAAUAGCCCAAAAUUCAUGGUUAAAAGCGUUGAACAACAGAAAAAGCACUGCUCGUGUUCUGUAGACGAUAAGAAUUGUGAAUGCCCAAAAGUUACAAUCAUUGAACUUGUCACAUAUAAUGAAGUUGUGAAUGAAAAAAAUACAUCAAAGGCUCGCCAAGCUCGUCAGGUGGGUGAUAAUUGCGGUGACUGUUCAAAUGCAGAUGGCAUAUGUAUCUGCGGUCCGUUUGAUCCAACUUAUUUACCCAGUGUCACUAAACUUCCAAGCAGGCAUAUCCCGGAAGGCUGCUACCUGUUAAGUAAUGGACAACUUCAUUGCUCUCAAAUUCAGGAAGAGAGAGGAAAGCAACAACAUCCGGCUAUUAUUGUGCCGCAAGCAUGUCCCAUAGCAGUUGGACAAAAUGUCGAGGGUGCUAGAUAUCAAAGAAUUUGUUCAUGGAUGAUCGAACCACUUGCUGCUGAUCCAGAAAGUCCAUCACAUUUUCUGCAGUGCCAGCCAGCAUCGAAUAGUUUGUAUUGCGGAAGAUGGCAACGCAUGCCUUGUACACCAGACCUCAUUUUUAAUGCGUUGCUACAGGUUUGCGCAUGGAAUCCUAGCACGCAGUCAGAAAAAAUUCCAGUAGUAACGCAGAGACCAAGUAUUAUUGCAACUUAUCCAUCAAUAACUCAGCUACCACAUGCUUCAACUGGAUAUCUAAUAUCACCUAUACCGGUUGUCCCUCCGUAUAAUACAAAUGCGCGGUGCACUUGUCAUGGUGGCGUGCAAAUUGGUUUUUGUGGUCCUAAUGGUCAAUGCCCAGGCCAAUCUAUUUGCAAAAGCAAUCAAAUAGUAGGACAAGGAUCUGUAAGCAAUUUCGAAUUCUUUGACAAAGUGACUUUUUCGGAAAAAUGA